AGCAAAUUGCUCAAACCCCCAACUUUCCUCACCCCUAGGCGCUGGCGGUGCUGCAUUCCCGAACUACCGAAGUCAAUCGGCGGCGGCGCGGCGCCUGCACGUCGACGGCUGCCUUCUCAAGCGCGGAGCCUGCACAUCGGCGGCUGACUUGACCCGCGUACGCCCCACCUUCCUAGCUUCUCCUGCCCCGCUUCAUCCACCCCGCUGCUCGGCUGCGCCGUCCUGCCCCGCGACGCCGGAGAACUCCGGCGGUUGCCUCUCUUGCUCCCGCACGCCGCACCAGCCUAAGCUCUGCCGGCUGACUGAGGUGAGCUGGACAGGGAUUACUUGCUUCUUUGGGGUUUUGCGGAUACCCUUCCGGAGGCCUGCAACUGAAAGAGAAGCCUCUCCUUCCUCUUCCGUCUCGUCAGGCAAGCUUCCCCUCCUCUUUCCGCCGAGGAGGAGAUGGCGCCACUCGCACCCAAGCGCCGCAAGGCAGCACCUUCCCCUUCUCCUCCCCUUUCGGAGGCUUCUUCCGACUCCGGCAGCGACUCCGACCUCAACCUCCACGACAACUCCGACCCAGAGGACGGCUUCUUCCCCGCAGGGAGCGCUGCCAAUGACGGCGACCAAGAUUUCUCUGACAGCGACGAGGAGAGCGACCAUGAGGAGGAGAGCGACCAUGAAGAGGAGGAUGAUGGUGAGCUGGGGGAGCUCGAGGAGGAGUAUCGCACCCUCCAGGCCAAUCAACAAAGCAUUCUUCAGACCUUGAAACAGCACAGGGAUGAUGAUGUCUCGAGAGGCCAGGCAGUCAAAAACCAAAAUGCGCUAUGGGAUAAGACCCUGGAAAUGAGAUUCUUGCUGCAAAAGGCAUUUACCACUUCAAACAAGCUUCCCAAGGAUCCCACCAAGUCAAGGUUCUGCAGUCACGAUAAGGAGAUAGAGCAAGCAUACGUUGAUCUGUUGGACUCGUCGAAACAGACUCUUGGCUCCAUGCUUGAGCUGCAGGAGGCUUUACUAGAGCGGAACCAGGCCGCAAAGGGUGUGAAAGAUGCUUUGCCUAAUUCAACUGGAGAGAAUGACGAGUGGUUGCAAAUGCAGAAAGUGCAGACAAGAAUAACCCUGUUCAGAAAUACUGAGAUAGAUAAAUGGCAGAGGAAAACACAGGUCACAACUGGCGCUGCUGCACUGAAAGGAAAGUUGCACGCAUUUAAUCAGAAAAUAAGUGACCAAGUUGCUGGUUAUAUGAGGGACCCAAGCAGGAUGAUUAACAGGAUGUACCUGCGGAAAUCUGAUGUUGGUGUAUUUGGGGAGAGUGCAGCACAGCCUGCUACUGCUGUUGAGGGCAAAGAUGUGGAAGGUGAUCCUGAACUCAUCGAUGAUUCUGAAUUUUAUCAUCAACUUCUCAAGGAGUUUCUCGAGUCAUGUGAUACGGGGGCAUCUGAAUCCGCAUUUUAUGCUCUGAGGAAGAAGCAGCACAAGAAGAGAAAACUUGUUGACCGCCGUGCUUCGAAGAGCAGAAAGAUAAGGUACAGUGUCCACGAGAAGAUUGCUAAUUUCAUGGCCCCGGUACCGAUGACAGUUCCUCCGAUGGCUUCAAAAUUGUUUGAGAAUUUAUUUGGAAUGGGCAACCAAAAGGCCCCUGCGGUCUGAUUUAAGAAACGAUUCAAAAAUUUGACAUCAGAAGAAGAUUUAGCUAUUCCUUCUUACGUACUUCCUCCGUUCCACAAUAUAAGAUCAUUUCAACCUAUGUUAGCUUGAAAAACGUUCUUAUAUUGUGGGACGGAGGGAGAAGUUUUAAACUGUAAUAUGUGAUGGCCUUACUGCUAGAAGAGCAGUGAAGCAAAAUUGUUGUAUCUUUGGGCCUAGAAAGCGCAUUUCUAUUUUACGUA